GCCCUUCUUCCGGGGAGAUAAUCUGUGCCUGAGCCCACACCUCCCUCACCCGCAGCCAUGGACGCCGCUCUGCUCCUGAACGUGGAAGGGGUCAGGAAAACCAUCCUGCACGGAGGCACGGGGGAUCUCCCCAACUUCAUCACGGGGUCCCGGGUGAUCUUCCACUUCCGCACCACGCAAUGUGACGACGAGCGGACCGUGAUAGACGACAGCAAGCGCGUGGGCCACCCCAUGCACAUUAUCAUCGGGAACAUGUUCAAGCUGGAGGUCUGGGAGGUGCUCCUGACGUCCAUGCGCAUCGGCGAGGUGGCCGAGUUCUGGUGCGACUCCAUCCACACAGGGGUCUACCCCAUCCUGUCCCGGAGCCUGCGGCAGGUGGCGGAGGGCAAGGACCCCACAGAGUGGCACGUGCACACGUGCGGGCUGGCCAACAUGUUUGCCUACCACACGCUGGGCUACGAGGACCUGGACAAGCUGCAGAAGGAGCCACAGCCUUUGAUCUUUGUGAUAGAGCUGCUGCAGGUCGAGGCCCCGAGCGAGUACCGGCGGGAGACGUGGAGCCUGAGUAACGAGGAGAAGCUGCAGGCGGUGCCCGUCCUCCACGGGGAAGGGAACCGGCUCUUCAAGCUGGGCCGAUACGAGGAGGCCUCCACCAAGUACCAGGAGGCCAUCGUGUGCCUGCGGAACCUGCAGACCAAGGAGAAGCCCUGGGAGGUGCAGUGGCUGAAGCUGGAGAAGCUGAUCAACACCCUGACCCUCAACUACUGCCAGUGUCUGCUGAAGAAGGAGGAGUACUACGAGGUGCUGGAGCACACCAGCGACAUCCUGCGCCACCACCCAGGGCUCCUCCCUUGUCCCCGGAUGAGUGGGUUUUCCCCGCACCAAAGCAGUUCUCCGUCCCGCCAGCCGGAUGUAUUCCAGCGUAGCCCGCUUCUGACCCUGCGCGCCUGGAGACGGCCUCGGAUCCCACGGGCUUGGUCUUUCUGGCGACCAGCCCCCGUCCAGGAGCCACCAAGAGUCACCUCCUUAGGACAAAGGACGUUCCUAUCACCCAGGCGAUGCCGAAGGAUUUAGGAGUUCUGUCUGCGCCAGAAACAGGGGCAGAGCCCUACACACGGGUCUGUCCUGUUAUGUCAUACGUCGUCUGCCCCAAGUCUUGAAGGCAACGAGUGUGUUUUCUCUGGAACUUCUGUGGCUCUGGCACUGUCUUUAGGUGUACGCUGGCUCUACGUUUUAGACUUUGUA